AUGGCUGCGGCUAUCAAGGCAAUCAAUGCGAAGAUCCGCUCCAACAAGGUUCUGGACUAUGUCUGCUCGACCCACUUCUGGGGCCCGGUCUCCAACUUCGGUAUCCCCGUCGCUGCUGUGAUGGACACCCAGAAGGACCCUGAAAUCAUCUCCGGAACAAUGACCGGCGCUCUCACCAUCUACUCGGCAACCUUCAUGCGCUACGCCCUCGCCGUCUCGCCCGCAAACUACCUCCUCUUCGGCUGCCACCUUGUCAACUUCUCCGCUCAGGCUACGCAGGGUUACCGGUACUUGAGCUACUGGAACUGGGGAGGCCGGGAGGCUCAGCUUGCUGCGAAGGGUGCACAGACGGGUAAGGAGGCUACUGAGGCUGGGGCAUAA